AUUCACGGAAAUGGGGCGAGGGAGGGGUUGGUCAGAAGAAGAAGGGUGUGUCAGACUUUGUUUAAAAAGGGCUGUGUCCCGUGCUCUGCUCCCACAUCCCUCUCUUUUUCCUCUUCAAACUCAACAACUCCUACACACAAACCGCCACCAUGUCUGGAGUAUUGACCACAGUUGCGCUCCUUAAGCAGACCUUUGACAAGUAUGCUGGAGCAGAUGGAGACAAGAACCAAAUGUCCAAGAAAGAACUCGCUACCAUGCUCAAAGCCGAGCUUCCUGGAUGUUGUGACAAACAGUCAGAGGUGAAUGAAUUUUUGAAGAUGCUGGAUCAGGAUGGUGACGGUUCUUUAAGUUUUGAAGAAUUUGCCACUUUUGUUGCAACGUUUGCUGUGCUCGCGGGCUCUGCUUAAAACUUUCCAGCCUGACUGCUUUGUUUUCUUGUCUCAUCUAAUGUCUCGUAAAAAUUCUCUGAAAUAAACUUGCUUUGCCACACUGUUUGUGGUUUAAAAUAAAGUUUGAGCAGGUUAAAGUCACGGUGAAUGUGGUGUACAAUGUUGACUAAAACAUGGAAAAUAAAGCCUUUCUCACAUGUC